AAAAGCUGUAAAUCAAAUGUAAGUUGCUCGAUGACCCAGUUUUCUAUAAAUAUGUCAAUGUCUAUAGUUGUGUCAGAAGGAAAAUUUACUAUUACAAACAGUUUUGUAGGCCCCUAAUAUGAUGGUGUUUGGAAGUAGAAAUGUAUUUCAUAUUUAUUGUUUUACUCUUGAUAUCAACUUGUGCAUACUCUGCGCUGUUGAAUGAAGUGCAUAACGACGAGGGUGGUUUAUCUAUAUCGAGAACUGGGCCCUGCUCAGCAACUGUGGAUGGGUACGGCGAAAUUAACUUGGAACCGCUGAAAAGAACCGAUGGACUCGCCAGUUUUUACUCAACCUUUAAAAACAAUGGAGAGUCUUACAAUUACACAUACAAUCCCUGUCAGCCAUUCAACGAACCCCUAAAUCCACACCAAGAUGACGGUAAAAGAUUUGGAGAUGGAUGCACUUAUGUAACGCUUUGCAAGUUUACAUAUGAAGCUAGCCGAUACUUUUAUUAUCCAUAUGGAGUACAGAAUGAAGAGAGCCCAAAGUUUUCUGGUGAAAAAGACAAAAAAGCUAACGAGCCAUCACUCCUCGUGACAUAUACAGGAGCUAGGUCAAUGUCAGUCAAGACGAGUCGUAUUUACUUGAAAUGCAACUGGAGUUUACACAACCCUGAGGAUGCACGCUUUACCAUUAUUGUGGAUGACCCCAAAAUUGGAGUGGAAGCUGAGCUGCAUCAUGUCUGUGCUUGCCCCGGGGGAUGUAAAGGAGGAAAGCUGCCCGUGAUUGUAGUAACUGGGGUUGAACUUGGUGAUGGAACACCUGACUCACAGGACAACAAAAGUAGUAGUAGUAAGAUUCUACUGAUCCUAGGAGUAAACCUUGGGAUUCUGGUGCUAGCGGGAUGUGUGGGAGUCACAUGUUACAAGAAAAGAUCCCAUUUACAGUUUUACUACAAACUCCCUGGAGUUCAAGCGACUGCAGGGUCCUCUACACCUACUCAUGUGAUUGCAAUGGGAAGUAAUGACUUUCUGCAGGAUUCUGGGAGUGGAAACAGAGGCCCAUCGCCUGCUGUCAUGUCAGUAGAGCCACAAGCAUCUGCUUACAGAGACUACGAACCAGACAGCACCAGAGCUAAGAGUAAAAAAAUGAACAUCCCGGUAUUGGAAAAUUGUCUCAUCUCAAACGAGUCCUUACAGAUGUCUCAAAGACUUGGAGGAGGAAUAUACAGUGACACAAAUGUUGGUGAAUAUUGUGGGCUUAAGGUGGCUGUCACCAGAAUUACUCUAGACGUCCAUGAGAACCAGAUAAGUCAGGAGACCUUAAACUGGAUGAAGGAAGAAGUCUGGGGGCUAAGUCGCCAGAGACAUCGUUACAUUGUGUCUAUGCUGGGGAUUUGUGUGGAAAACAGAUUUCCCUACAUCAUAUCUGAGUUUGUGGAUGGACAGAGUGUCAAGUAUUUCAUAGACAAUAGAUCUGAGGCCCUUACCUGGCCUCAAAGGGUCAAAAUUAGUAUGCAAGCAGCUGAUGGUAUGGCUUAUUUACAUUCAUCAAAACCACCCAUUCUUCAUCGAGAUCUCCGAUGUGCCAAUAUUUUCAUUAGUAACCGUGAUGUUGUCAAGGUGGCUGACUUUGGUCUGAUCAAGUUGAUACAACCUCUUCGAAUCCUUUGUGACCAGGAGCAGUGCUGUUGUCAAGGUCAGUUCAGUGGCUGUCCUUCCUCUCUUCGUUGGACUGCCCCUGAGGUCAUACAAAACCCCAGAGCCUUAGAGACAGACCCUGAUUCCCCCCACACCACAAAGUCUGAUGUCUACUCCUUUGGAAUGACUAUGUGGGAGCUGGCAGUCUGCGAGGAUCCAUUUGGAGAUAUCACAGAACAAGAGGUGAUGGAAAUUGUGAGACAGGGGACACGACCAGAUUCCCUAAACAAUGGAAUGUCUGUUGAGAUGCUGCCACAAUAUAAAGUACUCAUGCAUACAUGCUGGAAUGCAAAUCCCGACAAUCGACCCAAGUUCACACAGGUAGCCACAAGGCUCAAAGAAAUCCUAUCCCAGGCCAGGACCUACCAAAAAAAUGUGGUCAACAAGAAAAAGCAGGCAGGCAGUUCUUCUGAUCUGAAAUCCUAAUGUAUAAAUGUAUUUUGUAAACACACCAUCACAUCAUCCAUAUCAAUUUCUUGUGAACAGUGGGCUUAUUAAUCAUACACAUUGAAGACAGAGAAAGGAAUAUAAAAGAUAUGCUUUAGUAUGUUUUUGUCAAGGUGAUAUACCAGUGAUUAUUUUAUGUGUUUUGAGAAAUUUAAAUUUUAGAAUUGGUGUGAACUUGCCGGUUAUAUAAAUCCAAUCUUUGUUAUAUUUUAUCCUUGUGUAGUUUGUCAACACAAUAUACAUGUAUGUGCCUUAAUGAUUUUAAAAGUAUUAUGAUGUACUAUAAUGUGCAGAAUAAAACUGCAUUGAUGCAUUGUUAUAUAUAUCUGAUAUGUGAUAUAAAUGAAUUGUUUUAAAUUCAGUAGAUAAAUGUAAAUAUAUACAGUUUUUGAUUAUCACCUAUUAAUUCUAGUGAUAUUUUCCAUGUUUUAUCAUUGGUGUAAAUUGUAUUAUGGAUUGUUUGAAGAGUGAGUGAUAUUGUCCAUUUCCACUGUUUAAUGUUUUAUCCUGACUGCUUUCUGUGGUGAUUUAUCUCCCUUUCACUCAUAUCUUGUUAUUUCACAAAAUUGGUACACAUUCCUAUUUAUGGGUGAAAAUUUUGUUAAAAUCAGAAGAAAAAAAAAUGAAUCAACAAAAAAGGGGUCUUUCAGUCUAUGUACAUUGUUCUAUUUGUGCAGUACGUAACUUUAAAUCUUUUAAAAAACAAAAAGCACAAGACGUUGUGCUGAAUUUGAGCUGUGAUUAAGGCCUUUCAAUGUUAUUGUUAUACAGUAUAUUCUCUUUUCUUUUUUUAAUGCCAGUUGAAUGUGUUGGUGGUAGUUGUUGAUAAAUGGAUGCCUCUGUUGCAUCAUCCACAUUUGUAUAAAAUCAUUAGGUUAGCUGUUUGAAUUUAUAUUUUAACUAUAACCUUCAGGUGACGCAAAAAUGGCAACAAUUAAGACACAUUAGAUCGUCCCACACUGUGUUGGUAGGUGAUGAUGUGUCAAGAAUUAUUACAGUACUUUUAUUUUCUGUUAUUAUUUGGUGAAAUACAAACUGAUAUCCUGUUAAUGUUUUUGUGUUAAUUUUUUGAGUUAAUUAAAUUUUUUAACUGAAUGUCAGAGCUCAGUAAUGUGAAGGAUAUUGGGAUUUGUUUUCUUUCUUUUUUUUUUUUUCAAAUCUUCAUAUACAUGUACCUGUAUUAAUGACAGAGAUUAUUUUCAUGUGUAAUGUCUAUUGAAUCAUGAAAACUGCUAAUCUCAUAAAAGACCUAUGCAUCCUCUUUUAUUUAAGUUGAACAAAACAAAGAUUUGAUUUGUUACAUCCAAGAAGAUUUAAAUAGAUUUGUAGUAUAAGGUCUAUUGUUGCAUUAACAUGUAAUAGUUAUGGAGAACUUAAUGAGCAUACCGGUAGAUAUUUUUGAUUAUGUUGACUUUGAUUUUGACAAUGCUUGAUUAGGGUUUUAAAGUCUGGAAAAUUUGUCGGGUGUAUAUUUCAGUCAGAUUAAUCAAGAAAUAGGAUAUUGUACCAAUUUCAAAACCAUAUAACUUUGUGGAAUUAUUCUAGAGAGGGGAUGAACCAUAUGUAAUUUAAAAGUCCUUUUCUGUGUAUUUGGGAGAGAAAAAAAAAACUAUUCAUUUAUUUCAAAUAAUGAAUAAUUGCUGCUCAUCAGAUAAUCAUAGUUUGUAAUGAGUAAAGUAGCUAGAGUGAAGCAAUUAAUAUGCUGUGAUUUUUUCUCCCUUUUUGUAAUUACAAAGUGAGAGUUAGAUGAACUUUUAAAAACUGACUACCUCAGACAUGUAUGUGUUGUUUUUGCCCAAGUCCAAGCUUAAAGAUUCCUAUGAGCAUUACUAGAUUUUUUAAGGAGAUUCAUGUACAUUAUAUUGUAAAUUGAUUGUUUGUUUCCUCAAAAAAGUUGAUAAUUCACCUUUUCAUCAUCUCAAUUUGCAUUUCUAGUAAAACUUCAAAGAAAAGUAUACAAGUUUAAAAAGUUCAAUCCAUGAUGUAUUGCUCAGUCUAUAAUAAAACCCAGCACUGAGUGCUUAAAUAUAGAAUGACAAAUGUGCAAUGAAUGUACCUUAAGUUAUAUAUAUUCUUGCUAAACUGCUUUAUAUAAAAGAUGUUUUUCAUGCACAUCUAGAUUUACUAUAAAAUUGUAUACAUUAUAAUCAAAUUAGUGCAAUAAUAAUUGACAUGGCUGUACAUAAAAUGAUCAGUACAGUAUAUAAAUGUAUUCCAGUUGAUUAAGACAAUCCACACCUUUGUUUUAUAUAACCAGAGUAUUUAAAUAAAUAUCCUUAUACAUGUAAAUCGACAA